AUGAUAGAGGUGGUGUUGAACGAUCGAUUGGGGAAGAAGGUUCGUGUGAAGUGUAACGAUGAUGACACUAUUGGGGAUUUGAAGAAGCUGGUGGCGGCUCAGACUGGAACAAGGGCCGACAAGAUUCGAAUCCAGAAGUGGUACACUAUCUACAAAGAUCAUAUCACUCUUAAGGAUUACGAGAUCCAUGAUGGCAUGGGUCUUGAACUCUACUACAACUGA